AUGAGCAUCAACGUAUUACGUCCACGCACACUCACCUUCUUUCCUCCAUUCCCACCCAUUCAAUUCCAUUCUCUGGCUCUCAUAAAGAUCACGCCUUCCAAUCGCACUUCCUGGGUUCUUCGCGGGCGAAAGAAUCGUAUUUUCAGGGUUGUUCGGUCUUCGAUGCGGGAAGAUAAAUUCUUGGAAGUUGAGGAUGCUAAAUUACUGGUGGAGACCUGCAUUACGAGGACUUUACCCCCUGCAUUGACGCUCGAGCAGGGACUUGAAAAGAUUAAGGAGGCUGUUGAGGAGUUGAAGUCCAAGCCUCCUUCUUGUGCAAGGGGAAUGUAUAGAAUCCAGGUUGCUGUGCCCCCUAGUGCAAAGGCUUUGAAAUGGUUUUGCUGUCAACCUGAGUUGUCAAAAGCCUUUCCUUUGUUUUUCCUUUCCAAAAAGAUGGAGAACCCAACAUACCAAAUGCUUUCUUUGGAUAGAACUCGCGGGGUUUUUGGAUUAGGUGCUGCAUUCUAUAUUAAGAGCUCUUUUUCUUGUGCCUCAGCAGCGUGUAGUGCAUUUCAAAGAUAUCUUUUGGUUGAUUCAACACUUGUAAUGGCUUAUGGUUUUGUGGAUGCCAAUUUAGACACAACCUUAUCUACCAUGAAGAGCGAGAUGGGUCCAUUUUACCUUUUUAUUCCCCAGAUUGAGUUAGAUGAGUUUGAGGGUAUUUCUAUGUUAGCAACAACACUGGCAUGGGAUGACUGUUUGCUAUGUACAUUUGAGGAGGCUGUUCAGACUUACGAGUUUGCUCUCUACCAGGCCAGACAACAAUUUUGGCCCAUCACUGAGGAAUACUGCAACAAGCGCAUCAGCCCUGCUCUUAGAAAGUUCAGCGUGGUGGAGGAUAAAAACGCCCAAAUGGUGCGCAUGAGUGCUCUCUUGCUGGGCAGAAGGAAUCUUGCUGCUGACGCUGUGGAAAUGGUAUCCCCUUUAUCCUGGCUUUCUCCUAAUUUAGCUAUUGCCAAUAGCAUGAACCAAGCUGAGCUUGAGGUUGAUAUAUUGGUUCAAUUGCAGAAAGUUAUCUUGGAUAGUGCUCAGGCUUGGUCCAGUUAG